AUGCUGACGCAGGUUGACAUGAGGUCAACAAUAUUCUUGAUCCUCUCAUUAUGGAGAGGCGUCCAACACGUCCAAGCAGCGGCCGUAUUCGCCCACUUCAUGGUAUACAAUUCGGAGAACUUCACCGUCUAUGACUGGGAAAUCAACAUAGCAGAAGCGCAAAGGGCACACAUCGAUGCCUUUGCCCUAAACAUCGCAUACAACUUCCCAACAAACAACCGCUCCCUAGCGAACGCAUUCACCGCUGCAAACGCCCUGGACUUCCAACUCCUCUUCUCAUUUGAUUACGUAGGCAACGGCGCCUGGCCAGAAGGCGAGGUAAUCGGCCUACUCCGAAAAUACGGAAACAACACAGCCUACUACCAGCAUAACGGCAAACCCUUCGUCUCAACCUUCGAGGGCUCCGCCAACGCCACCGACUGGGCCACGAUCAAAAAGUACACAGACUGCUUCUUCGUACCGGGGUGGUCAGCCCUAGGCGCAAAGGAAGCACUCGCCGUCGCCCCGGGCGUUCCAGACGGACUAUUCUCCUGGGCUGCAUGGCCCGAAGGCCCAGACCCGAUCAACACCUACGUCGACUCGACCUACAUGCAAUGGCUCAAAGAUACCGGCGAGCUGCCAUACAUGAUGCCGGUCUCGCCAUGGUUCUACACGAACCUGCCAGGCUACGGCAAGAAUUGGAUUUGGAACGGUGACAACCUGUGGUACGAUCGGUGGCAGCAGGUGAUAUCUCUGAAGCCGGAGUUUGUGGAGAUCAUCUCGUGGAACGACUACGGUGAAUCGCACUAUAUCGGCCCGCUGCAUGAGGGGGCAUACGCGACCUUCGAGAUCGGUAAUGCGAGCUACAACUAUGCUGCUGGCCAUCCCCAUGACGGCUGGCGAGAUUUCUUGCCUUUUGUCAUCGAUGUCUAUAAGGGUGCCAGGGCGAAUGUUACUACGGAGGGUGUCACUGCUUGGUUCCGCCAGGCGCCUGGGAAGGCUUGUACCAACGGUGGCACUAUGGGUAAUACAGAGACCCACGGGCAGAAGGAGUUCCCGCCUACAGACGUCUUGAAGGAUGAGGUCUUCUUCUCUGCGCUUCUGCGGUCUGCUGCUGAUGUGGAUGUGACAGUGGAGAUUGGCGGGGUUGUGCAGGAUGGGAAGUGGAAAGAUAAACCACAUGGCCCAAUCGGUCUUUAUCAUGGCAGUGUACCGUUCGAUGGUAAUACUGGAGACGUGGUGGUGAAGGUGUCUCGUCGGGGAGAGACGGUCGCCGAGAUGCGGGGUGCAUCGAUCUCGGAAUCGUGUCUGGAUAACAUCCAGAAUUGGAAUGCCUGGGUUGGCACGAACUUUGCUAAUGAAACCAUUUCCCGCCAUCUGCCGCCUUCCCCGGCUCCGACUGCGGUUUCUGCGGCGACCGCUCUUUUGGCGCUUGGGAGGAUUCCGUUGACGUUUGUUUUGGUGGCUUUGGUUGCGACUAUGGUGGCUGCGACGGCGACGCCUGUUCCACUUGAGAACUUGGCUUUGAAGAUUCCGAUCUCGGAAGUUUCUCCAUUGGUCUACAGUACUGGAACUGGUGAGAGUGACCCUAGAAGCCUAUAUAGCUACAGCACUAGCUACGGUUUGUGUCCAAUCAAUGGCUAUACUUGCACAACGACAACACAUGCCUCAGUUACGCCUUUCGUCUCAAUCGGUGCUACAGCUGUCGCCUACAACAGAUCUUGGGAUUUAAACUGGUCUUGA